AUGAGUUCGAUUCCCCCGGAGAACCUGCUCAUGGGGGUUCCCAAGAAGGGAAGGUUGCACGAGCAAUGCAUGAAGCUGCUGGUACAAGGAGCAGGACUGGAGCACAAGCGACCUGAGCGUCUCGACAUCGCUCACUGCACAGACCUUCCGGUCACGCUCGUGUUCCUUCCCGCACACGACAUUGCUACUUACGUGGCGGAGGGAAACGUCGACAUGGGGAUCACUGGGAUGGACGUCAUCGAAGAGACGGAGCCGCAGAACAAGGACCUCUCGAUCGUUGCCAAGCUCGGCUUCGGGCAGUGCAAACUCGCGGUGCAGGCGCCUGCAGCGGAGGGGCUGAAGGAUGCUUCUGUGCUCGCAGGCAAGCGAGUGGUGACGUCAUUCCCGGCGAUCGCAGAGAAAUACUUCAGCAAGUACGAGAAUGACAGCACUGGCAAGACGAAGAUCAAGUUUGUCAGCGGGAGUGUGGAGGCGGCGUGCGGGUUGGGCCUGGCAGACGCUGUGGUUGACCUGGUUGAGACGGGAACUACCAUGAGAGCGGCUGGACUCGAGAUAGUGGAGACCAUCAUGGAGACAGAGGCUGUUCUGAUCAAGAACGUCAACACCCCUUAUCCUGCCCUUGUUGAGACUAUCAAGAAGAGGAUAGAGGGAUAUCAAACGGCAACCAAGUAUCAGAUGAUCCAGUACAACGUGCAGCGUGAGAACCUUGAAAAGGCGCUUGCAAUCACCCCAGGCAAGCGAAGCCCGACGGUGUCGGCGCUGGAGGAGAGCGGAUGGUGUGCGGUCUCUGCACUGGUGCACAAGAAAGACGCGGCGAAGAUCAUGGACGAGCUCGAGCGCGUGGGAGCAGAUUCGAUCCUUAUCUUCUCCAUCAGCAACUCCCGCAUGUGAAGUAUGAGAGGAGAAGCAGGUGGCCAGGAGGGAGGAAGAGGGUUGAAGGAGCGGAGGGUUCGGACAUACUUGGGGGAGGGGCCUCUUCAAUCCUCCUGGGAGAGGGAGGAGGAGGAGGAGGAGGAGGAGGAGGAGAUGAACGAGGAAGGUGGAGCAUCUUCAAACAGCAGCGCAGGCUCUUGUCCAGUCAAACUGGGUAAAGUUUGUAAAGAGCAAGUGAAAUC